AUGUACAAGGUCUAUGAGGAUCAGCAAGCCCUAAAAGAGGCCAGAAAGAGUGUUCAGAUGCCAUAUUGUUUAUCGGGACGCGUUGAGUGCGUCCGUUAUCUGAUAUCGCAGUCCAGCCAGAUUGUGAGGUAUGUGAAGCGCGUGAAGAAGCGUGAUGAGAUCAGUGGUUCUAGCCAGGAAGCAUUCGAGACAAGUAGCAAAGUGUACGAUCCAGAAUCCAGUGAUUCUGAGAUCAUAUUGAGGCAGAACCAGUCAGCUCUGCGAUAG